GGGGCCGCCCAGAGGUUUAAUUACGCGUCUGUGUGCGCUGCGAGCAGUUUUUCUCUCUGUUAUCCUAUUUUCUUGACUUUCUUGAUUUUUCCGUUGGCAAGGGAGCUGUCUGAACAUUUAUGUACGAAAUAAAACAUUUUUUGCUACCGGAGAGUCGCGUUCAUUGUGGAGCGAGCGUUUGUGAGCGAUCCCGGGACGCGCGCUCGAUCUACUGGCAUGUUCGGGAGCGCGUCUGGAGGAAUAAACCCAACGGCACCGCAUUUGUGAUAGCUGAGCAUCAAAAUGAUGGACCAUUUAGCAACCACGAGUAACAACCAAGCACCAGUUCUUUGUGAACCAUCUUCUUAUCCUCCUUGUAAAAUGGCCCGUAUGGAGAAUGCUAAAGAUGUACCUGUAGCUGGUGUCACACCUGUGAGCCUGGCCUCCAAACAAACAUCACCACACACCGUCAGACCCAAAGGCAAUCUGCUACCUGUGUUCUGUAUGGUGGAACAUGGUGAUGCACCUCCCUCAGAGAGGAAGCGAUCAGAGCACACAGAAUUUGUUCUGUUGAGGAGAGACCUGCUGUUCAGCCAGAUUACAGAAGCCGCAUUACAAGAGCUGGGGUACACGCACACUGCAGCUGCGCUGGCUACAGGCCAGAUUCAAGUUGGUCAUUGGAACCCUGUUCCCCUGUCCACUGUGACAGACACCUUAGACGCAACAGUAGGAGACAUGCUUGAAGACCUUUACCAUGUUGUCACCUUAAGAAUAAAGCUGAACAGUGUUUCUAAAUUAGAGGACUUGCCGGCUGAGCAGUGGACUCAUUCUACUGUCAGAAAUGCCCUCAAGGAGCUACUGAAAGAGAUGAAUCAGAGCUCAUUGGCUAAAGAGUGUCCAUUAUCACAGAGCAUGAUUUCAUCAGUGGUAAAUGGCACUUACUAUGCCAGCAUCUCUGCUGCGAGAUGUCAAGAGUUCGGCCAGUGGUACAAACACUACAAGAGGACCAAAUCUAUGACGGGCGAGAUGGACAGGCGUUGCAGCCAACUCUCAUCCUGUAGCAAACCCACUGACUACCAGCAACCAAUGGAAAGUAGUGGGGCGGAGCCACGUGGCUUUGUACAGAUGCAAGCUGGAAUGCCUGGUUUAGUGAUGGCUCAGCUCCUCUCACAGCAGCAUGCCAUGUCUCAACUGCUCGCACACGCUCACACGAACCCACACGGGGCUCAACCCGCACCACUAAGGACUCCAACCAAAUGCAAUGUGUCCCCGCCUACAGUAACUCAAUGUCCCUCUCCUGUCACUGAUGUGACACCCGAAAUCUACCACUGGGUGCGCGAGGAGCUGAAGAGGGCAGGGGUUUCUCAAGCAGUGUUUGCACGAGUGGCCAUUAAUAGGACUCAGGGCUUACUUUCAGAGAUUUUGCGCAAAGAGGAGGACCCACGGUGUGCAUCUCAGUCUCUUUUGGUGAACCUCAGGGCCAUGCAAAGCUUCCUGCAGCUGCCACAGAGCCAGAGAGACUCCAUCUAUUUAGAAGAAAGAGAACGUAACAUCAACAGUAGCUACAGCACCACUUCGCCUCUGCCGAUCCAGGCUAAACUUUCACCUGUCGCCAAGGAGAUUGUAGUGAAGGUGGAAUGUGAUGAUUUUGGGAUACACUCCGGGAUCUAUGACGAAAUACAGCAAGAAAUGAGACGAGCCAAAGUGUCACAGGCUUUGUUCGCUAAAGUCUCCGCAGCCAAAAGCCAGGGCUGGCUGUGUGAGCUGCUACGCUGGAAAGAGGAGCCAUCCCCGCAGAACCGUACACUGUGGGAAAAUCUUACUUUGAUACGUCAGUUCCUAAAUCUCCGCCAAUCAGAACGAGAUGCUAUUUACGACCAAGAGAGCAAUACCGGGCAGACACUCUUUCCAGAAAAAUACACAAGACCGCUAACUGAACCAUUGCAGGUGAUACCACAGCAUAUGACACCUCUAAAGCAGCAUCAACAACCGCAUCAAAUUUUACCUCAGCACCACAAAUCCUUUGCACAGCACCAACUCACUGGAAGUUACAGCGACACAACUCACAUGGGCCCAAGUCUUGGAGGCAGGCCUUUACCACCAGAAGCCCAUGCAACCCUGCAAAGCUUCAUUCAGGAAGUUGGACUACAUCCAGAUCAAGAGGCAAUUCAUACACUUUCUGCUCAACUGGGUGUAGCCAAAGAGACAGUCCUCUGCUUUUUCCAUGGUCACAACUGGCCCAGUGAAAAAGACAAUGAUCAGAGAACAGAAGGAAACGAGAACGAUAUUAGAGAGGAUGAUUACAUGGAGGCAGAGGAUGAUGGAGAUUGCAGGGAAACAAAGACAAAUAAUCAGAGGACAGAGGAGAAAGAGAAUACAGAGACGGAAGACAUUGGUGUGGUGGAGCAGAACGCAUCAACACAAACUCGUUUUACUAUAACUAUUAAAGAGGAGGGGCUCCCAUGUAAGGAGGAGCUUGAUGAAAGCCCCGCCCACUGCCAGUUUAUAAACUCCUAAAAAUAUACUAUAGACAAAUAUACAGCAGUGAGCCUGCCUAGUAAAACAACGGCAUAAAUGUAUUAUUCUGCACAAAAAAAAAUUCUUACACUAACAGACUUUCGAAUUUGGAUGAUGGAAAAGCCACGGAAAGCAUAAACAUGACUGUUCUUCUUUGAAAAUGUUAUAUUAAUUUUGGGAAUCUGCUAUUCUGGAGAGCUAUUAUUUUAGCUUUGUCUUUCAUUUUAUGUUAAAACACUCAGUGUAUUACAAUUGAAUCUUGUUAAUCUAUGUUAACAGUAGCCUAUUCAACUAAGCAGUAUUGUCUUUUACAGAAGCUGUUGCCAGUGACCCAGAAACAGUGAUGUGUUAUGUAUCUUUAGAAACAAACAGGACAUUACUAAAUUUCUCUCCCUACCGACGGAACAUUGAUUUACAAUAAAGCUGUAUUGUCGGUGAUAUUUAGAGUGAUUGGACUCAAA